ACAAAGGCGGAUCAAGGGUGAGCUGGGGGAACCAUGCGUUCCAGCCUUGCCUGAAUUCACAGCCCCCACCUGUGGGAUCAUCGCCUCCCUCAUGGCGCAGAGCAGGAGCUGAGCAUGGAGAGCAGGGAGGACAAAUGCCCGCGGCAGAACCUGGUGGCAGAGGCCGUUUUGAGCGGCUCCACGGCGCAGGAAGCCAACGGGGAGGAAAAGGCCCGGAGCUGCCGCACGAGGAGGGGCUGCAAACGCAGAUGGCGGGGAUGUGAGGGGGAAAGAGCCAGCCUGGGCCGGGAAGGCGGCCGGAGAUGGAGCCAGAGCUCAGAGCUGGUGCUCCAUGAGCAGCUCCAUGAUGGGGAGAAGCCCCACACGUGCGUGGAGUGUGGGAAGAGCUUCAGGUGGAACUCCGAGCUGAUCAGGCACCAGAGGAUCCACACUGGGGAACGGCCCUACGAGUGUGGGGAGUGUGGGAAGAGCUUCAGCUGCAGCUCCAGCCUGAUCAGGCACCAGAGGACCCACACGGGGGAGAGGCCCUAUGAGUGCUCCAAGUGUGGGAAGAGGUUUCAGACCAUCUCUGAUCUUCUCCUGCACUAUCAGAGUCACACAGAGGAGAGGCCCUUCCAAUGCCCAGACUGUGGGAAGGGAUUCAAGCGUAACUUCGCCCUCAUCACCCAUCGGCGCAUCCACACUGGGGAGAGGCCCUACGAGUGUGAUAAAUGCAGGAAGAGGUUUCUGACCAGCUCCCAUCUCCUCCAGCACUAUCAGAUUCACAGAGAGGAGAGGCCAUUCCAAUGCCCCGACUGUGGGAAGGGAUUCAGGCACAACUGCACCCUCGUCACCCACCGGCGCAUCCACACUGGGGAGAGGCCCUACGAGUGUCCCCAGUGUGGGAAGAGCUUCUCCUGCAGCUCUAACUUGACCAAACACCAACGGAGGCACCGGUAAGGGAAGCCCUGCGAGUGCCCCGAGUGCGGGAAGAGCUUCGUGCGCUGCUGCAGCUCCAUCCCCCACUGGAGGAGGCACUUUGGGCACAGCCCUGGUCACUCACAUUCCCUGUGAUCCAUGUUGGGGACACUCCUGGCUGCUUCUCCUUUGGUUUGACCUGAAUUUUUUUCUCUUCUCCAUCUCUCUGUCCUCCAAAAGUCCAUUGGGAUGGAACAGUCACCUCAAAACCACUCUAAUUCCACUGAAAAUAACUGAAUUUUAACCCAAAAAGGGCUCAAUUCCACCUCAGAUUGCUUGUUCCUUCCUCAAAAAACUCAAUCCCAUGCCAAACUCACUCCAUUCCACAACUGUCAAGUUGAGAUGGAGUUGGAAGGAGAUUGGGAGAAGAGGGAUCCCAAUUUGGAGCAAUGGGAUGGGGAUUGUGUGGGGCUGGGUGUGUGGGAUGUAUUUGAUAGCAAAUAAAACUUUCAGAGUUACUGA